AAAAAAAAAAAAAAAAAACAGAAUCUUGAAAAUGGAUUGGAACUUCAAACACAGCUCUGGGUAUUUAUCUGGAUUCGAUCAAGAAUCUGUACCGGAUUUAUCACCAAUCGAUGGUUCGAUCUCGUUUGGUGGGUCGUCAUCAUCAUCACAGCCAAAAGGGGAUUUUUCAUUUGAUCUGAAGCUUGGAAGAAACAUUGGAAAAUCUUCCUCUGUUUUUGGUGAUACAGAGCAAGUCAUUAGUCUAAGUAAGUGGAAAGAGAGUAGUGUUGUAGCAAAACCUGAGAGUUCGAGAAGCUCUAGUUCGAAGAGGACAAGAGGGAAUGGUUUUGGAGCUAACCAGAUGCCGAUUUGUCUUGUGGAUGGAUGUGAUUCUGAUUUUAGUAACUGUAGAGAGUAUCAUAAGAGACAUAAGGUUUGUGAUGUUCAUUCCAAAACUCCUGUGGUUACAAUCAAUGGCCAUAAGCAGAGGUUUUGUCAACAAUGCAGCAGGUUUCAUUCUUUGGAAGAGUUUGAUGAAGGGAAGAGAAGUUGUAGGAAACGUCUUGAUGGACAUAACCGAAGAAGACGGAAGCCUCAGCCUGACCAUAUUGCUCGUCCUGCGAGCUUCUUUACCGGCUUUCAAGGUAGCAAAUUGCUUGAGUUUUCAGGCGGCGGUUCACAUGUGUUUCCAACUACAUCUGUGUUGAACCCACCGAGCUGGGGAAAUAGUCUUGUAAGUGUUGCUGUGGCCGGGAAUGGUUCGAGUUACGGGCAGAACAACCAGAGCUAUGCUGGUUCUUCUCCCGCAAAGACAGGGAUAAUGUUCCCAAUAUCUUCGUCUCCGAACAGCAAUAGAAGCACAGGGAAACAAUUCCCAUUCUUGCAAGAAGAAGAAAGCUCAAGAACUGCAUCGUUGUGUGAGAGAAUGACGAGUUGCAUCCACGACUCUGAUUGUGCUCUCUCUCUUCUGUCAUCCUCCUCGUCGUCAGUCCCUCAUUUGCUUCAGCCACCACUUUCUUUGUCUCAAGAAGCAGUAGAGACAGUUUUUUACGGGUCGGGAUUGUUUGAGAAUGUGAGUGCAGUCUCUGACGGAUCGGUUAUAUCCGGUAACGAGGCUGUAGCUCUUCCGCAGACGUUCCCGUUUCAUUGGGAGUAGUAGGAAAAGAAGUAGGUAGAUAGAAUAUUCACAAACAUCUCUCUAUGUGUCUUCUCCUCUUCGAUCUCCUUCAUUUUUCGAUGUUCUGUGUCAUCAUUGUUUUUUUGUUAAAUGUUGAAUUGUGGGUGUUUAAUUGACAUUGGAUUAGUUGAUUUGUAGUUUGUA